CUGCGGAGGGCGGUGAGGAUCGGAGCGGGACUGGGCGGCGGCCGGGGCGAAAUGGCGCUUUAAAUUGUGCGGGCGGCAGCUGCGGGAGGAAGAGGAGGGCGGGCAGGAUGGAUGUGGUGCUUUAAAAUGGCCCAGUGGUGGUUGUCAGAGAUGCUGCCCAGUGCUGGUGUCUAUUACUUCCCGUGGGAGAUCAACAGCUCAAUCCCAGAGGGGGAGGCGCUGAGGACGUUUGGCAGGUUAUGCAGCUACGACCUGGCCCAGUCCAAAGCCAUUCUCACUGCUCAGCACAGCUCAGCUCAGUACCAGGUCUGUGUCGACACCAAGUUUGUGGAGCCAUUCCAAGCCCAGCUGGGAUCUCGCUACAUGGUCCUGGGAGAGGCUGAACACAGGGAAGGUGAGGGUCCCGUGGUAAAGGCACGAAUAUUGACCUGCGUGGAAGGGAUGAAUGUGCCUUUGCUGGAACAAGCCAUACAGGAGCAGAGGAAAUACUUCAAUGAGAGGCAGGAGUGGAUGGGAAACAGCACGUCCUGACAGCAGCUCUGAGACCAGCCAUAGGCUGAUCCUUGCGCUGCCAUUUGCAACGAAUAUGUUAAAAAAUUUAGAAGGUGGGUUUGCAACAAACUGCUUUUUUUCCGAUGCAAAUCGCAAAGUCAAGUCAGUAAGCAGGGAAACACUUGAAGACUGUGAGCCGGUAUGUGACUGUGGGUUGCCCCAUUCAUGCCAGGUGUCAUCACUGAAAAUAGCUCUGGGAAGCAGGUUUGGUGUUUGCUUAAAAGGGUGGUGAAAGAAGGGGAGCACUUGAGUUACAGGGUCCUUUUGUAACACAAGGCUUGGAGAUGUCAGAAAAAGGAGAAGUCUCUGAAGCUCGAGUUAAACAGCUCACACCCAUGCGUGCUACCAAAGUGCAGUGGGCUACUGGGCCUUGGGCAGAUGGGAGGUAAAGGGCAUUAGUGCAAAGUUCGUUAGCCGCGCGGGUCCAUGAGUGCAUGUGUUUGGUUACUGUGACUCAGCUGCCACACAGGAGCAUUGCUGGCAAAACACUCACAUAGCUGGGCUGACCAACAAAGAAAGAGGAAGAACAAAGAGUCACUAUUUUCAGUAGCACCUGCCUCUUCGGGUUUUCAGGAGCUGAUGUCCAAGGGGAGGGAUUUACUUUAGUUCUAAAAUAAAUAUUUGCAGUGCCCUGAGAACCACCACUUGACUCUCUUCUUUGACACAACUGAAUUUAGGAGACCUUAAAUCACUGUUUUUUUGAAGCAUCUGAAGGUUUUGAUUGAUAUUUUCCUAAAUAAAGAUGAAAAGAGAUGGCAGUCUGUCUUCUAUUGAUUAAAACCCUCUUUGUUUGUUGCUAAGGCAAAUGCAUUAGGCCCUGCAGAAACCCCAUGGAUGAUGUAAGAAAGUUUAGCGAUAUGCAAUGUUCCCCCUUUUCCUAAGUGCUGGGUGUGUAAGGAAGUGCUUGGCUUUUAAAAAGUUGCAAGAGGAGGAGACGAAGUUAACGUCAGAACUGCUCUGGUU